CUGAGCCGCGCGAGCGUCGUACAGUAGUGUCAGACAUGGCGGCGGAGCUGCAGCCCGAGUGGAUCUCCUGUCUCCCUUCUUCUUGGAGUUACGGGGUUUCUCGGGAUGGACGCGUCUUCUUCGUCAACGAAGAAGCCAAGAGUACAACCUGGCUGCAUCCAGUGUGCGGCGAGGCGGUGAUAACCGGCCACCGCAAAACUCCAGAUCUACCCACUGGGUGGGAAGAAGGAUAUACUUUUGAGGGUGCACGGUGCUUUAUCAAUCACAAUGAGCGGAAGGUGACCUGUAAACAUCCUGUCUCAGGUUUACCCUCGCAAGACAACUGCAUUUUUGUCAUCAACGAACAAUCUGCCUCCAAAGUGCCAGCGAAUGAAAAGAAGGAACGAGCACUAAACAUCAUGAGUGAGGCCUCCAACUACACAGGUGGCUCGGACUAUGCCGCUAACCCCAGUAGCCCAGCAGGAAGACCCUCAAGGCCUUCCAAAAAGAUUCAUAAUUUCGGGAAGAGAUCCAACUCUAUCAGGAGGAAUCCCAGUGCCCCAGUAAUGAAGAAAAACUGGCUUUAUAAACAGGAUAGUACAGGAAUGAAGCUGUGGAAGAAAAGGUGGUUUGUGCUGUCGGACCUGUGCCUCUUCUACUACAGAGAUGAAAAAGAGGAGGGGAUACUCGGCAGCAUCCUCCUGCCAAGCUUUUAUAUAUCUAUGCUGUCUGUGGAUGAUCACAUCAACAGAAAAUAUGCCUUCAAGGCAACACAUCCCAACAUGAGGACAUACUAUUUUUGCACAGACACAGCCAAGGAAAUGGAGUCUUGGAUGAAAGUAAUGACGGAUGCUGCACUUGUGCAUUCAGAGCCGGUCACAAGGUUGGACAGACUAAAAGUGGAGCAGUGCGGCCCUCAAGAGAUCAACCACGUGGCUAACCACAGGCCACCGCUCACACAGCCCGAAAUCCAGAACAAUGAACGCAACCGAGAAGUUGACCUCGAGUGCACUUUGACAGUCACGCCCGACACAGCAGAAGAAGAGAGGAAGCAGCGAGAUGCUGAGCGCUACGGUUUUCAGAAGGACGGGGCGGAGCGCGAGCGUCCCCUCACCAAGAUCAACAGCAUCAAACUGCAGCCCGCCCAGGCAGCGGCCGUCAAAGCCAACAUUGCCUCGCCACAGACUCCAACAGAGACGGAUGGGCCCCAUCAUAGCCCGCAGGUUAACGGAUCUGGUGAGCAGUUUCCAGGUGAUGGAACCAGAGUCCCUCCUCAGCGGAGUUCCACCCAUGAACCAGAACGCAACCUGAGUCGGACAAGCUCUAUGCAGCAGCUGGAGCAGUGGGUUCGCACACAAAGGGUGCGCAACCAGGACGAUGACACCAGGAGCAUCACGUCGUACCAGACACUGCCUAGAAACAUGCCAAGCCAUCGGGUCCCCUACAUGCCGCAUUAUGGUGAUGGAUACCGCAGCAUGCCCAGGAAUAGCAUGGCACAGCGGGACAGCAUCUGCAGCAUGUCGCCGUCGCUGUACGAGCAGGUUUUGGGUUCCAUGCCACCUGACAAGCGCCGCUCCAUGCGCGACGAUACCAUGUGGCAGUUGUACGAGUGGCAGCAGAGGCAGGCGUACACCAGGCAGCCGGGGCUCUACGGCAACAUGGCCAGUCCCAAGACCAUGAUCAACCUGUCGGAGCACGCCGCACCGAGCCACUCCAUCCCCGCCUCACCCUCCCAUGGCUCGCUGUCCAUGUACGGUGGCUACUCCCCAAUGCGAUCCUACAACAUGAACAGUGCUCAUUCCGAGGUGUCUUCCCCCAUUUAUAGAAGAGACAUGAGCAUCGACAGACGUCACAGGCCGCAGCUCAACAAGUAUGCUUACCCACCUGACAGGAGGUCCAUGCCCGCAGGGAUCCCAGUCCAGACCAUCACUGCCCAGUCUCUCCAAGGCAAAACACCUGAGGAACUGACUCUGCUGCUGAUAAAGCUGCGGCGGCAGCAGGCAGAGCUAAACAGUAUCCGGGAGCACACUGUAGCACAGCUUAUGCAACUAAACAUGGAUGGUGACAACCCAAAGAAUGACAUACUCUCUCACCACCUCCAAAGGAACCUCAUGUUUUUGGACAAUCAGCUGAGUCAAGACGACUACAGAGAACACGCCUACACAUUCAUGCCAGGAGAAAUGGACAUUGAUACCAAACUGAGCCUGUUGUGUGAGCAGGAUAAAAUGGUGGGGACACAGGAGGAAAAACUUCAGCAGCUUUACAGAGAGAAGCACACCCUUGAGACUGCGCUGCUGUCCGCCAGCCAGGAGAUAGAGAUGGGCUGUGAUAACCCUGUUGCCAUGCAGAGCAUCAUCCAGCAGCGAGACUUACUGCAGAGCGGCCUGCUCAGCACCUGCAGAGAGCUGUCCAGAGUCACUGCUGAGUUGGAGCGGUCGUGGAGGGACUAUGACAAGCUGGAGGGAGAUGUGACUCUGGCUAAGAACAACCUGCUGGAGCAGUUAGAAGCACUGGGAAGCCCUCAGACGGAGCCUCCCAGCCAGCAGCACGUCCACAUUCAGAAAGAGCUGUGGAGGAUUCAAGAUGUGACAGAGGCCCUCAAUAAAAACAAGGCUCAGAGAAACGCUGCUGAUGGGAUGGGUUUCUAUGGGCCCAAGAACAGCUUCAGUAAGCACAAAAAUGAGGGACCAGACUACAGGCUGUAUAAGAGUGAACCAGAGCUCACCACAGUAGCUGAAGUGGAUGAGAGUAAUGGAGAGGACAGGUCGGAACAUCCAUCUGAAAGAGAACAUCCCGGAAACAAAGGAAUCUCCUACCCAGUUGGCAUCGUCCCACCCAGAACCAAAUCUCCGGUGCCUGAUUCGUCCUCCAUCGCCUCAUAUGUUACGCUAAGGAAGAGCAAGAAGCCUGACCCCAGGAUGGAGCGUCCACACAGCGCAGUGGAGCAGCAGCUGUGUGCUGUGGAGAGUGGUCGGCCCAGGAUGAGUGUGGAGGAGCAGCUGGAGAGGAUCCGCCGCCAUCAGCAGGGGGCCCUCAGGGAGAAGAAGAAAGGCCUCAACAUCCGGGGCAGUGGCCAGGACAACGUACCCUCCCGCAGUCACUCGUUUACUAAAGGCACCCGCAGCAUACAGUCCCACAUGAGACGCAGAGAUGAGGUGAUGAGCUGCGACAUUCAGGAGCUGGAGGCCUCUCUCAGGCAGCAGGAGGUGGUGAGGGAGCAGGAGACGCCCGCCGAGGAGAUUGCACGUCUUAGAGAAGCCUCGCAGGCUGACCACUUUAAUGUGGACCGAGAGCUUUCUGUGCCUGACAAAGUGCUGAUUCCUGAACGUUACAUUGAGUCGGACCCUGAGGAGGCUCUGAGCCCUGAGCAGGAGGCUGACAAGCAGAGGAAAGUCGACCGCAUCAAAGCUCUUAUAGCAAAAAACAGUAUGCAUAGCGUGUUGCCAAGCACGGGUCUGAGCCCAGAGGAGGAGACUGAGGAGGAGGUGAACAUACAGGAGAAAGAGAAGAUGAUUAAUAUCUCGUACGAGCUGGCAGCUGAAGCCUCCAAACGCAGCAAGCUGGUAGCAGUGAAAAGCCUGUCAUCCUCUUCCCCACCCCCUCCACAGUCUCCUAACACACCCCCUCAGCUCGCUGAUGGGUCUCACUUCAUGUGUGUGUAGUAGCACCACACAAGCUCUGGCUUCAGUAAAAACCUACACAUGAAGGAAUCAACAGUGGAAAUAUAAAGAUGCUCCUGAAACUGUACCCAAGGACAUCAGCACAAGGUCCACAGAGAGUGAAACUUUCCACUCGGUCUUCACCUGUGACUUCUGUACACUCACUGUGACGUCUCAAGCUCCUGUGCCACCAACCACACUUUUCUCUGUGACACUUCUCUGCAAUCACUUUCAGGCUGUUAACGUUGCAGCUUCCUUUUCAGUGUUUUACAAGGCUUUUAAGUUUAAUUUUAUUAUUUAUAUGGUUUUAUUAGGUCCUUGUUUGAAUAUGGGCCAAUGUCUGUGUAUAUGAGGCUAAUAGACCGAGCUCUGUUUUUUGCGAUGCCUAAUUUUCAUGUCUUCAGAUCAUUUUAGUUCACUUAAGUCUUUUAUAAUCCACUCAAUUUGUUUUUCAAACAUUGGUUGUCAGCCAACCGUUCAUAUUUAUCCAUUAACUCUAAAGAACGUGUGGAUGCGAAACAAAUAGAGACAAACUGUGGAUCCUUCCAUUGUAAUGAAAGGAGGAGCCACUGUAUGGCCGCAGACUAAGAUUAUUUGUCAUUUUUUCUUAUUUCUAGGUUGUAAUUAUUCAAAGCGGGAUCCUCUGCAAUCCCUCUCGCGUCGUUGCCGACACCUAUGUGAAUGUUCUGGCUUAAGUCAUUCUAUACUGUAUACUUGUUUUUUUUGAGAGAGAGAUAUUUAAACUGACUGAGGAAAAAAUCUGAUUUUGGUUCUAUUUUGUGAUAUUUUGGUUUGAAAAAGAAGAAAAAAAAAAAGAUUAGCACAUGUAAAAAGCAAUAAAAUAUGUUUUUGUGGAUCCAGGAAGAAUUUUUGUGUGUGUACAAAGUGUAAUUAUCAGAGGUUUACUGUGUAUAUAAUGUACAUGGUAUAGCAGGAUGGGAAGAUGUAUCCAACACGUGGCUACAUACUAUAUUUGAUUUGAAAAUGUUCAUAUCCCAUCUGUUUUAUAACAUGUUAAAUAAAUGUUGCCAUUUUUAACGUGGGGUUGCAUCUGUGUUCUUUACCAAGUUGUAAUGUUUAAGCCUCUUACACUUGGUGCUGUUUACUAGCUCUAAUGCAGCGUUCAACGGGAAAAUGUAUGUUUGUUGAUAUUCACUCAGUCAGGACUUCCAAGUUUGGUCAAUAAAAGUUAUGGCCACCUGUGAAAACAGUGUCCUUAAUCUCUACGUUCAGGCCCUCUUAGAUUUUAACAUUUAAAUGUUAAUGCUUGAAUAAUGAAUAAAUGCUAUGUUACAUC